AUGUAUUCUACUAUCUGCAAGCAACAUGGAAAUUCAGACAGUUCUAUAGCAUACUUUAUAACUAUAGGAUUUGUUGGCCAACUUAGAGGCUGGUGGGAUCAUUAUCUCACUGAAUCCCAAAAAUUAGAGAUUCUUAAUCAUAAGAAAAUUGUUAAGAUAGAGCCAGGAACCAAUACGAGCACUACUCUGUCUACCACCACCACUGGAGAAGAAGACGCAGUCUAUACUCUAUGUCUUUCCAUCUUACAACAUUUUGUAGGAACUAAUGUCCCCAUUGGAGAGAAAAUCCAGACACUUCUCCAAAAUCUGAGGUGUCCUUCACUCACCCAUUUUAGAUGGUAUAAAGAUAAUUUUAUUUCAAGAGUUUAUCAAUUAAACAAUCCUAAUUCUUUGCAUUGGAAAGCAAAGUUUAUUGAUGGAUUACCUCAUUUCUUUUCUGAGAAGGUUAGACAAUCUUUAAGACAGAAAAAUGAUGGGAUAAAUAUAAAUUAUUCAGAUCUUACUUAUGGUCAUAUAAUUAGCACUUGUGUUGAUGAAGAAUUAACUUUAUAUAAUGACAUAAAGCUUAAAAAUCAACUCAAAAAGCAAAAGCUUUUUGAGAAACACCAAAUUGGUGAAUUUUGUGAACAAUUUGCUUUUGAUCUUGGAAAAUCUCCAGAUAAUAAUAAAAAGAAAAAGGGAAAAAAUUUCCGUAAUAAACCUUAUAGGGAUAAGUCUAAAAAUUCUUACAAGAAUAAGAAAAGGAGUCACUACAAUAAAGGUAGACCUAAAGAAAAAUGUUUUGACCCUAAAGGUAAAAGAAAAGUCAAAAGGCUUGACAUAACAUGUCAUAAAUGUGGUAAACCUGGCCAUUAUGCCAACCAAUGCUGGACUAAAAAAGCUCUUAAUGAGAUAGAAGAUGAACAAUUACGUUCUUAA